GAUACUCACGUUCGAUAUUUUAAUCAAUUUUUUUCCGCGAGAAAUCGGAUAAAACCCUAAAAAAUCUACUAUUUGUCGAAUCUCUACCGAAUCAUCAGCAAUAAAAGGUUUUAAAUCGACGUAUGCACUAUUUUUACCCGAAAAGAUAUGACGCCCAUUCAGCAAAAAAAAAAUGUAAAUUUUUUCUCUCGUUUAAAGUAAAAUUUCCGUUAGUUACGCUGCUUUAAUCCUCCGAUCGCGAUGUGCAUUCCGGGCCACUUGAUAAUUUUCCAACGUACAAGAGCCAAAAUGUACAAAGGGUCAACGUGUUAAAUAUGACGGAUCCGUAACACUAUUUCUCAAAGCAUAUUCGAUGAAAGCCAACAAGAAAGUUUAUUAUAAUGCACGGAUCGUCACUCACCGAAGAGUAUUUAUAUUAGUGACGACAUGACAAUAGGUUUAGUUGACGAUACACCUGUACACCGAGUGUAACAAUCGCAUAUCGAAUAUUUCAAGUGGUCAAGUGAGAACCGGGAAAAGUGUCACAUUCAUCACCUCAAUAACAGUGAUUAACACCAGUGCAAUGAAAAUACUGAGAUUAUCCCUGAUGGUAAUGGGCUUAACAUUACACGUGAGUGGAUCCGAUGAUGGAGCGCAGUAUGGGAUUGAAAGCACUUUCCAAGUGGAUUUGAUUGAUCAACUCAGUCCGGAAAACAGUGAUAUUCCGAGAACAUACGAAAAACGAUCCGCCAAAGGUGGCUAUUUGCGUGAUGGUAGCGAUGAAUCCCGGAAAAUCAGGCCAUUUACUCGAUACGGACCGCCGCGACACACGACUAUCACCGGAUUCACGAGGCCUCAAUCCCCGAACGAAUUUAAUUUCUGGUCUCAUCAGCCACGUAAACACCCUAAUGAUCCACCUGCUCCCGAGAGAAUGCCGCCUGUGAGCAAGAAUAAUGAGCCACAUCGGAAUGCGAAACUGGAAGUACCAAGUCCAAUACGAGACGUCGAUUUCCGGGACGAAGAUCCCAUUGCUAGUCAGAACAAUGAGCCAUUUCAGCCCAACGUCGCUAAUUACUUACCCCCGAAAAAUCAGAAACUGCCGACUUUGUCAAUCCACGUGUUUCAACGUCCCGGACCGACGCAUCUGCCAGACAACCAGCAUUACACCAUUCACAAUGCUGCCCUGAAGAAUGAAAAUAUGAAAAACUACCAGUCGCAGAUAUCGGACGCGACAUUUUUCUUAAUAAAGAACGCGGAGGCCCUGUCAAAACUCUACGGAGCUCCGGCGACGAAUACGAACUAUCCGCCGUUCGACAAUGUCCAAAGUCCGAAUGGAAAUGAUGCGAUCAAGUCGUCCCAGAGCUUCCGGAAUGGCCCCGAGCAAGCGAAGAAAACUUCCCCAACUCCAACCGUCAUAUCGCUGAUCAAUACAUUGCAGUCCAGUAAGCAGCAGGGAGCGACACGUUUGUCUGAUCAGCCCUACAACAUUCGCAACAAUGUGUUUAGAAAUGAAAAGAUAAAAAAUGAUCAUUUCCCGACAUCGGACGGAGCGUUCUUCUCGACGAAGAACGCGGAGGUGCUGUCCAGCUUCUACGGAGCCCCCACCGCGACUCCGACCCAUCCGCCGUUCCAGAAUCUUCAAAGUCCGACUGGAGUCAGUGCAAUCAAGUCGCACCAGAGCUUCCGAAGUGCUCCAGAGUGGGCGAAAAACCCCUCCCAGACUUCCAAUGCCAUCAUCAGCUCAUUGGACUCAAAUAAACUGACGAGAUUAUGCUGUGAGGAUCAUCGGAAUGGGUUGAAACCCGUGAAAUUGACACACAGGGGACCGGCAUUUUCGCCGAACGAUUGGAAACACCAGCUGGGAACCCCCGGUACAAAUUAUCCAUCACCGGGUGACAUAUCUUCGCCAUUGAUUCCUACCACAUCAACAAUUUCGACCAGUCACGUGUUUGAUUUGCGGUCACAAGGAGAUCCCACUGUAUUUCCAUAUCCGCAGUACAGCGCACUCGUUCCUCUCAUCACUCAUGUACCCAGUUACGGGCUGACUGUGAAUUCUGGAAUUUCGCCGGCAACAGCAGCUAUCGGGGAUUCCCCGGCGACGCAUUUUCCACUGCCGCUGCCAAUGAUUGCCAGUGAAAGACAUCCAACGCCUACUGCUCCGACGGGCGUAUCGGGAGCUUUCGGGCUGUCGCACUAUCAUGGGUCGAUUCCUAUUCAACCCCCUGUACCUAUUCAACCUGUCUACCCGAUUAUUCCUUCGGUGAAUCCGAUACAAGAUUCCGGAAUUUCGGCGUUUCCGGGGUAUGGAGCACACACGGCCUCCCUCAAUUCAGGCUUUUGAGGGCCCUCGCGUGUGCUAAUUCUAUCGAUAUCUGUUUUCUCUAAAAUACAGUGAUGAAUUCAAUGUUGAGUCCGACGCCGAAUGGCCGCCCCAGAAAGCGCACGACGAACGGUGGUAAUAAUCAAAUGGGUACGGAGGUAAAUAUUUAUGGAUUUUCGGUGCAAUUUCGGGGAGUAAUGUCGGUAGCCGGUGGAUAAUCGAUUUGACAAUCGGUAGAAAUUACUGAGAGGAUGUAAUGAGUAACAACAAUGCAGGUAGGGAAUGAUACCAUUGACUUAGUGCAGUUCACACUGUGAAAAGAACAAAGUUUUUACCAAAUGCAGACUUUCUCGAAGUGAGAAAAUAAAACUUUCGUCAAGAAACUUUGUACUUGUGCUGAAGACGAAAACAAUUUCUCAUCACAAGUAAAAUUGAAUUAAUUCAUUAAGGAGUUUCGUUUCGCUUGAGACACCAUGGGCUUGCACAGUGUGAAUUUCUUGGCGUGAAUUGUUUGAUGGGUGAAUGGGUUAUGAAUAUAUUCGGUAUUUACUCGAUUUGAAGAUUAUCGUCGUGAGUCGCGUGUCACCGGAUUCUGGGGAAGUCAAUAGAUGGACACGUGCAGAAAAAUUUAAUGGAAAAUCCCAUUCCCUGGGAAAUUCUAUUGGAUUUCUAUUUGUUUCUCGUACGUUUUAUUGAAAAAUUCCACAGCUUUCCUUCGUGUCUUUCUAGAUAGAAAUAGUUCGGUGAAAUUAGAAAAAAAUAUACGUUGUGUAUAUAUGGAAAAAUCUAUUCCAAAUAGUUUACGAAGUUUCUGGCAAUUUGAGAUGUGUUACGAUUUUUUGUUACCAAGAUUCCAAUUUGUAUAGCUGGUGGAAUUUCAUGAACGGAAACUAUGCAAUAUUCCCUCGUCAUUUAAUUUAUUUUCAAAUUGUAAUUAUUUAUGACAUGCAAUCAUCUUUUAUAACUCUCCUGAUGCACGAUUAUCAAAUAUUUUUCUAUAAUUAUGACGCCAAAAUGUUUAAAUUGACGCGAAUUGAAUUGGUAAUGUAAUUAAGGUCAGGCUGAAUUCAUAAUUAAUAAUAAUGUGAUAUUUUGUUUGAAUAACGAUAUGGAGGUAUUAUUUAGUUAUGCAAUUGUUCAAAUUAUGUGAUUGGAAUACUGCUGUGAAAUGGUUCAACCGUUUCGUUAUUUGCAAGCAACGAGAUGGAGUUACAAUAAUGAAGUUUACACUGGAAAAUUGAGUUCAUAUGAUUGCUCCAUUCAUUGUGUUUUCAUAUCAUUCAUUCGCUUUGUGUAAAUACAUUAUGUGCGCAACUCCUCUGAUACCACUUAAGGUACUAUAAAUAUAAAUCACAUUUUGAAAAUUUAGCUCUGAAGGAAACCAGUAAUGAAAGUUAAUAUUAAUAGAAGGAUUCUGUAUGACUUAGAUUAAUUAAUUCAGAGGUGGUGAACGAGCAGACUGUUAUGAGAAAAGGAGAAUUUCAGAGAGAGAGAGAG